UCUCGCCAUCUUGGCGCGGAGCGGCCGCGCCCGGCUCGGCCCCGGCGCUCGGCCCGGGGCGGGCGCUGCCCCGCCCGGCAUGCGGGGCCCGGCGGCCGCCCGCGAGCUGCUGGACGACGCGGACAAUGAGGAGGACGUGUCGGAAGAAGAUGAUGGGGUGCUGGAAGGAUUGGAUGAGUUUUUUGCGGAAGACCAAGUUGUGGUACAGAAAAAGAAGAAAUCCAAGAAGCUGAAAGAUGGCAAGACUGCCAAAAUCAAGAGGAGGAAGAAGGAGGGGAGUAAUGAUGAAAUGUCAGAAAAUGAAGAGGAGAUCGAGGAGAAAUCAGAAAGUGAAGGGAGUGACUAUUCUCCCAACAAAAAGAAGAAGAAAAAACUGAAAGAUAAGAAGGAGAAAAAGCCAAAAAGGAAGAAGAAAGAUGAAGAAGAAGAUGACAAUGAGGAUGGAGGUUUAAAGGAGCCCAAGAGCUCAGCCCAGCUCAUGGAGGAAUGGGGUCUUGAUGAUGUAGAUUAUGUUUUCUCAGAAGAGGAUUAUCACACUCUGACAAAUUACAAGGCUUUCAGCCAGUUUCUCAGGCCUCUGAUUGCCAAGAAGAACCCCAAGAUCCCCAUGUCAAAGAUGAUGACAGUGCUCGGUGCCAAGUGGCGAGAGUUCAGUGCCAACAAUCCCUUCAAGGGCAGCUCGGCGGCGGCGGCUGCGGCGGCUGUGGCUGCAGCUGUGGAGACUGUCACCAUCGCCCCGGCACUCCCUGCCAGCCCCCAGCUCCCUGCCCUGCCCCCCGUCAUCAGGAAAGCCAAAACCAAGGAGGGGAAGGGUCCAGGUGUACGGAAGAAAAUCAAGGGCUCCAAAGACGGGAAGAAAAAGGGGAAAGGGAAAAAGGUGGCAGGCUUGAAAUUCCGGUUUGGAGGAAUCCCCAGCAAAAGGAAAAAGGGCUCCUCUAGCGAAGAGGAAGAACGGGAAGAAUCUGACUUUGACAGUGCCAGCAUCAACAGCUCCUCCAUGCGCUCCGAGUGCUCAGCUGGCCUGGGGAAGAGAGGGAAGAAGAGGAAAAAGAAAAAGAGGAUCGAAGAGGGGGACGGGUACGAGACGGACCACCAGGACUACUGCGAGGUGUGCCAGCAGGGCGGGGAGAUCAUCCUGUGCGACACCUGCCCCCGUGCCUACCACCUGGUGUGCCUGGACCCCGAGCUGGAGAAGGCCCCUGAGGGCAAGUGGAGCUGCCCCCACUGUGAGAAGGAGGGCAUCCAGUGGGAGCCGAAGGAGGAGGAGGAGGAGGAAGAGGAUGGUGGUGAGGAGGAGGAGGAUGACCACAUGGAAUUCUGCCGGGUCUGUAAGGAUGGAGGGGAGCUGCUGUGCUGUGACACCUGCCCGUCCUCCUACCACCUUCACUGCCUGAACCCACCGCUGCCAGAGAUUCCAAACGGUGAAUGGCUCUGCCCACGCUGUACAUGCCCCCCGCUGAAAGGGAAGGUGCAGCGCAUCCUGCACUGGGCCUGGAGGGAGCCCCCGCCCGCCCCGCUCCCGCCCGUGCUGCCCAGCCCGGACCCCGAGCUGCCUCUGCCCCCACCCAAGCUGCUGGAGGGGAUCCCAGAGCGCGAGUUCUUUGUGAAGUGGGCAGGCCUCUCCUACUGGCACUGCUCCUGGGUCAAGGAGCUGCAGCUGGAGCUCUACCACACCGUCAUGUACCGCAACUACCAGCGCAAGAACGACAUGGACGAGCCGCCAGCCUUCGACUACGGCUCUGGGGACGAGGACAGCCAGAGGGAGAAGAGGAAGAACAAGGACCCCCAGUAUGCCAAGAUGGAGGAGCGGUUCUACCGCUAUGGCAUCAAGCCUGAGUGGAUGAUGAUCCACCGCAUCCUCAACCACAGCUUUGAUAAAAAGGGAGACAUCCACUACCUGAUCAAGUGGAAGGACCUGCCCUAUGACCAGUGCACCUGGGAGAUUGAUGACAUAGACAUCCCCUACUAUGAGAACCUCAAACUCCUCUACUGGAACCACAGGGAGCUGAUGCUGGGGGAGGACACACGCCCUCUGAAGAAGCUGAACAAGAAAGGGAAAAAGCUGAAAGAGGAGAAGCUGGAAAAGCCUCCAGAAACACCUCUCGUGGAUCCUACAGUGAAGUUUGACAAGCAGCCGUGGUACAUUGAUGCCACGGGGGGCACGCUGCACCCUUACCAGCUGGAGGGGCUGAACUGGCUGAGAUUCUCCUGGGCACAAGGGACAGAUACAAUCCUGGCUGAUGAGAUGGGGCUUGGGAAGACGGUGCAGACCAUUGUGUUCUUGUAUUCCCUGUACAAGGAGGGCCACUCGAAGGGGCCGUACCUGGUCAGUGCCCCCCUCUCCACCAUCAUCAACUGGGAGCGUGAGUUUGAGAUGUGGGCACCUGACUUCUAUGUUGUGACCUACACGGGGGACAAGGAGAGCCGCUCGGUCAUCCGGGAAAAUGAGUUUUCCUUUGAGGACAACGCCAUCCGGAGCGGGAAGAAGGUUUUCCGGAUGAAGAAGGAAGCCCAGAUCAAGUUCCAUGUCCUGCUCACGUCCUAUGAGCUGAUCACCAUUGACCAAGCAGUGCUGGGCUCCAUAGAGUGGGCUUGUCUGGUGGUGGAUGAAGCACACAGGCUGAAGAACAACCAGUCCAAAUUCUUUAGAGUACUGAAUAGCUACAAGAUCGAUUACAAGCUGCUUCUCACAGGGACUCCGCUCCAGAACAACUUGGAAGAGCUCUUCCACCUGCUCAAUUUCCUGACUCCAGAGAGGUUUAACAACCUGGAGGGGUUCCUGGAGGAGUUUGCAGACAUCUCCAAAGAGGACCAGAUCAAAAAACUGCAUGACCUGCUGGGUCCCCACAUGCUGCGGCGGCUCAAGGCCGAUGUGUUCAAGAACAUGCCGGCCAAGACGGAGCUGAUUGUGCGGGUGGAGCUGAGCCAGAUGCAGAAGAAGUACUACAAAUUCAUUCUGACGAGGAACUUUGAAGCCCUGAAUUCGAAAGGUGGUGGGAACCAGGUCUCACUGCUCAACAUCAUGAUGGACCUGAAGAAGUGCUGCAAUCACCCCUACCUGUUCCCUGUGGCAGCUGUGGAGGCCCCUGUGCUGCCCAAUGGAUCUUAUGAUGGAAAUUCUUUGGUCAAAUCUUCUGGGAAACUGAUGCUGCUCCAAAAGAUGCUGAAGAAAUUGCGGGAUGGGGGUCACAGAGUUCUGAUCUUCUCACAGAUGACAAAGAUGCUGGAUUUGCUGGAGGAUUUCCUGGAGUACGAAGGCUACAAGUAUGAGCGGAUCGACGGGGGCAUCACUGGCGGCCUGCGCCAGGAGGCCAUCGACAGGUUCAAUGCUCCUGGGGCUCAGCAGUUCUGCUUCCUCCUCUCUACCCGCGCCGGUGGUCUGGGCAUAAACCUUGCUACGGCCGACACUGUCAUUAUUUAUGAUUCUGACUGGAAUCCCCACAAUGACAUCCAGGCGUUCAGCAGAGCUCACCGCAUCGGGCAGAACAAGAAGGUGAUGAUUUACCGCUUCGUGACCAGGGCCUCUGUGGAGGAGCGCAUCACCCAGGUGGCCAAGAGGAAGAUGAUGCUCACCCACCUGGUGGUGCGCCCGGGGCUCGGCUCCAAGUCGGGCUCCAUGACCAAGCAAGAGCUGGAUGACAUCCUCAAGUUUGGGACGGAGGAGCUCUUCAAGGAUGAUGUGGAGGGCAUGGUGUCUCAGGGACAGCGGAUUGCCAUGCCAGAUGCUGUUACCCCUUUCUCUGACACACUGUCAACAAAAGGGGGUGCAGCAACUGCUGGCAUGAAAAAAAAGCAUGGUGGCACCCCACCAGGUGACAAUAAGGACGUAGAAGACAGCAGUGUGAUCCACUAUGAUGAUGCUGCCAUCUCAAAGCUUUUGGACCGAAACCAGGAUGCGACUGACGACACAGAGCUGCAGAACAUGAAUGAGUAUCUCAGCUCCUUUAAAGUGGCUCAGUAUGUUGUGAGAGAAGAGGACGGUGUGGAGGAGGUGGAACGGGAGAUCAUCAAGCAAGAGGAGAAUGUGGACCCUGACUACUGGGAGAAGCUGCUGCGGCACCACUAUGAGCAGCAGCAGGAAGAUCUGGCCAGGAACCUGGGGAAGGGGAAGAGAAUCCGCAAGCAGGUCAACUACAAUGACACCUCUCAGGAGGACCAAGAGUGGCAGGACGAGCUCUCUGACAACCAGUCAGAGUAUUCCAUUGGCUCUGAGGAUGAGGAUGAAGACUUUGAAGAGAGGCCAGAAGGCCAGAGUGGCAGAAGACAAUCCCGGAGACAGCUGAAGUCUGACAGAGACAAACCUCUCCCUCCUUUGCUGGCAAGAGUUGGGGGGAACAUCGAGGUUCUGGGCUUCAACGCCCGGCAGCGCAAGGCGUUCCUGAAUGCCAUCAUGCGCUGGGGAAUGCCGCCCCAGGAUGCCUUCAACUCCCACUGGCUGGUCCGGGAUCUGCGAGGGAAGAGCGAGAAGGAGUUCAGGGCCUAUGUGUCUCUGUUCAUGAGACACUUGUGUGAGCCCGGGGCGGACGGUGCCGAGACCUUUGCGGACGGCGUUCCUCGGGAGGGGCUGUCACGCCAGCACGUGCUGACGCGCAUUGGGGUCAUGUCACUAGUAAGGAAGAAGGUCCAGGAGUUUGAGCAUGUCAAUGGGAAGUACAGCACCCCAGACCUGGUUCUUGAGGGCCCAGAGAGCAAGAGAUCCAGUGAGGUUGUGUCUUCAGAUCCCAACACACCUGUUCCAGCCAGUCCAGCACACACACACACAGGACCAGGGGCCCUUGCAGACAAAAUAGAAACACAACUGGGGUUCCAUGAGGAAAAGGACCUGAUGGAGCAGAAGCCCAGAAAGGUGUCUGACAGCCAGGUGCCUGCAAGUGCUGAAGUGGAGAGUGAAGAGCACCCAGAAAGCUGUGACAGCAAGGAGAGGCCAAGGGAAGAGAAGCAAGAGGAUUGUGAAAAGGCUGAGCCUUCUUCUGAGCCCCUGGUGAAAGGCCUGUUCCUUUCUGCAGAUGAGGGAAUUCAAGAGCAAGAGAAGCCUUUGGAGAAGGCGGAGUUGAGCAGCGGCCCAGGGAAGGGGGAGGAUAAAGAAGUCAAACCAGCAGAGGAUAGCAAGGAGGAAGAGAAAGAGCCAAGUGAUGCCCAGCAAAACGGUGACAAAGAGGAAGAGGAGGAAGGAAAGAAGGAUGACAGAAACAUGAACUUCAGAUUCAUGUUCAACAUUGCUGAUGGUGGCUUCACAGAGCUGCACACACUGUGGCAGAACGAGGAGAGGGCUGCCAUGUCCUCUGGCAAGAUCUACGACAUCUGGCACCGCCGACAUGACUACUGGCUGUUGGCAGGAAUUGUCACUCAUGGCUAUGCCCGCUGGCAGGACAUCCAGAAUGACCCACGCUACGUGAUCCUGAACGAGCCCUUCAAGUCAGAGAUACACAAGGGGAACUACCUCGAGAUGAAGAACAAGUUCCUUGCCCGGCGGUUUAAGUUGCUGGAGCAGGCCCUGGUGAUCGAGGAGCAGCUGCGGAGGGCGGCGUACCUGAACAUGACCCAAGACCCCAGUCACCCGGCCAUGGCACUGAACGCGCGGCUGGCAGAGGUGGAGUGCCUUGCUGAGAGCCACCAACACCUCUCCAAAGAGUCUCUGGCUGGAAACAAGCCUGCCAAUGCUGUCCUGCAUAAGGUGCUGAACCAGCUCGAGGAGCUGCUGAGUGACAUGAAGGCUGAUGUGACACGCCUGCCCUCCAUGCUGUCCCGCAUCCCGCCCGUGGCUGCCCGGCUGCAGAUGUCAGAGCGGAGCAUCCUCAGCCGCCUGGCCACCCGUGGAGGGGAUCCAGCUGCCCAGGGCUCCUUUGGCUCUGCCCAAAUCUUUAACAACAGCUUUGGGCCAAAUUUCCGUGGUCCUGGGCCAGGUGGAAUUGUCAACUACAGCCAGAUGCCUCUGGGACCCUACGUGACUGCAGCCCUGAGGGACAGUCCUCUGUCCUUGGCCAUGGUGGGGAAAUUGUGCCAGCGUUGCCUGCGUGGAAGACAAGCUGCUGCUGCCGUGCUGUCCCGCUCCCGCUUCAAGUGUGCUUUGCCUGCUGCGGCCCCCGUGGGAGCAGCAGGGCUGGGGGUUUGUGUCCGUGUAUAUUUUUUGCACUUUCUUAUUGAAGACUUGAAGAGUUUGUCUGGGCAAGGUGGGCUGAGGGGAGGGAGGGAGGGCUGGAGUUGCGGUGUUCGUCUGGUUGUGUUGGCAGGUGUGGGGGUGAGUGGAGGCCAGCGGUGCCAUGUCCCAGCCAGCUGUGCUCCCCAGCUUCCCCCUAAGGGCUGUCUCGUGGUGUUUGAGCAAGCCCACGCCUGCUGCUGCCCUGCUGGAAUCCCUGGCACUGCUGUGGUGUGGCUGGGGGUCCACAUGUGCCGGGUUUGGGGCAGGCAGAUGGAGGGGAGGUGGGUGGGACAGAGGGGACAGCUGGAACUGGGAUGGGGAUACCUCGAGCGUGGUGACACCGGCAGCCGUAAGCAACGCCCCUGCAUCCGCUUCGUGCUCUGUGUGUCCCGGUUUCUGUUCUGUGUUUUAAUAAAUCCUUUGGGAAGGACGCAGUGGAGUCUGGCAAGGGAAGGGAUGGUGGGGGGGAGCCUGGCCACAGUCUUGUACCCCUGUUGUCCUGGACAUGUGUGUCCACAGAAACAGAGACAGAUGUCUACACACACACAUGCAUGUACACAGACACAUACAUGCGUGGAGACACAGGGACAGGCACACCUGGACAGACAGACAUGAGAAUGUCCUGUGUAUCUGCACUGAUACUGUUAUCUCUGCAUGAGUGCACAGAUAUGUACAUGUCUACAUUACCCCCACAUGUGCCUCUUCAGAAUGUGUAGAUCUAUGUACACAUGUGUAAAUAUACACAGAACUGUAAGUUUUAGAUCUAUAUGUGUGCAUAUAUAUUUUUAUGUGAGCAUACACAGCUAUAAAUACUGAUUUAUUUAGGUACUGCUGUGUAAGUGUGUAUCUAUACAUACACACCUGUAUAUUUUACAUGUCUAUAUAAUGUAUUUGUGGUUCUAAUGCAUGUGUAUUUGUGUACAUAUAUACUUUUGAGUGUGUGUACAGACACAGGUAUGGGUAGAUAACAGACAUAUGUACAUAGGAUAGACCUAUACGUGGUAUGGAUGUAUGAGUCUAUAUUUACAGAGGUGUAUACACACAUACAUAUGUAGAUGUAUCUAUAUAUCUACACAUCUCUGUAUCUCCGUAUCUGUAUGGCUAUAUAGGUGUAUUGAUCUUUGUGUAUGUGUACACAGGCAUAUAUGCAUUUGUAAUUUUUAUGUAUUUAUACAUAAGUGUAGAUAUAGGUAAAGGUGUAUAGCUAUCCUAGACAGACACAGUAUAUGUGUGUGCAUAUAUACAGAGACACAUGUAUUUGUUAUUUCACACAUACAUAUGAAUGUGUAUAUAUUUGUUUGCACACAAACAUUGACAUAGUUCUGUAGACAGAUGUACAUGUAUAGGUGGAUGUGUGGAUGUGGAAGGGGUGCACACUGACUCAAAACAUAUACAGAGGGGAGCUCUGAUGUCAUGAAUGGGGUCAGGAGAGACCCCCCCCACGUUUGUACAUGCAAAUUUAUAAUGGGGCAAUAGGUGCAGCCACGGCUACAUGGCAGAUAAACACACACAUAUUGUGCACAGAGCUCAUGCACACUCCAUAGAGCUCAGACACACAGUGCAGAGCUCUCACAGUAAGCAGAGCUCACAGAGCUACAGAGUGCAAAGCUCAUACCAUGUGCCCAUAGUGCACAAAGCUCACACACUGCACAGAGCUGAGGGUCUGCACAUACAUUUGCAGUUUUUAUGUGUGCAUAGAGGAAACUGAGUAUAUAUGUAUGUGGCUAUGGAUACAUAUAUACAGGUACUGGCAAAAUGUUCUGCACAGAGUACAUAGAGCUGUAAAGAGAUGGAUACAUUAGCUAUAGUUAUAUUGUUCUAUAGAGAUAUGUAUAAUCUCUCUGUGUCUAUCAUACAUGUAUCCAUACAUAUAUAUGUAGCUAUCCACAUAUAUAUAGCUAGACAUACAGCUAUAUAUAUGUAGCUAUAGCUAUAUCUAAAUUACAAGUAUCUAUGUCCAUGUGUAUAUAUGGCAUAUGUUUAUAGAUGUAUAGGCAUGAGUGUAUAGUUAAAGAGCUGGGUAUGGAUAUAGAGACAUCUACACAUAUACCUGUAUAUAAACAUCUAUCUGCAUAUAUACACAUUUUAGUACAUGCCAGUAAUUUUCAUGUGUGCGUAUAUCCAUACCAACAUGGAUGCUGCUAUAGCAAUAUAUUUACAUGAGUAUGUACACAUCUGUAUAUUACAUAUAUGGAUCAAUACACAGAGCCAUGUAUGUCUGUAUAUACACAAGCACACACGUCUAUGUGUGUGUAUAUACAUUAUAUAUGUAAUUUUCAGAGGCGUGUGUACACAUUUACAUACAGCUAUCUAUAUAUAUAAAUAGGUAUUUGUCAGAGACUGAUGUGAGGGAUAAAGGUGGAGGUAGAGCUACAUCUGUAUCUAAAUCUGUCUGUGUGUGACUGUGUGUUUGUGUCUGCAGACACCCCUGUAAUGGGUGGAUGUGGGUGCACCUGUAGAGGCUUUCAGUAUCUUCGUGCAGAUACAGCUGAAGGCGCGUGUGGGCUACGUUCACCUCCGCAGCUGCUGUCUGCAAAUCCACACGUCUGCAUGUCCCCGCAAGUCUGUGUGUCCCUGUGUCUCCACGUGUGUCCACGCACACAAACACUUGCCCACUUGCCCACACACACUCCCCCAGCCCGAUCCCUGCCCCGUGCUCGGCCGGAGCACCCCAGGCUC